UCUACCUUCCCGUCAAGCACAAGUCUUGACCCUCUUUCGUCCAGCACCAGAGGGGACGGCAGAUCCUUCCCAGCGCUGUCUCCAAUCCGACCUUCAAGUUUUUCCUGCCCGGCUAUCCUUCAGCUUUAUCCCAGCACGAACAGCUCCUUGAUAUCAGCCCCCACCUUGAGACCCCGUAUCUAUUGUCUCCAGUCUCAGCACCCCGCUGAGGUCUUCUCCACCCCCACGACCCUAGCUGGACCUGGGCGCAGACACUCCUUGCUCCGGUGUCGGGGAUAAGCUAAGGCGUGGUGCAGCUUCCUCACUCCUCUAAUCCGGCGCAUGGAGACCACGAGGGUUCAGGAAGGGGUGGAAAUAUUCAGUGAGCUGAGUUGUGCUCGCAGCCGCCAAGGCAUAUCGAGACCCCCGAAACAUCUGUGGCGGCAGUCACGGCACCCCAUCCGCAUCCAGCAACGCUUUCACUCGGACCCGAAAAAGUCCGUGGACUGCAGCCACUCUGGCCCAGGCGGCACGUCGCGGCGGGAGCUUAAGAAGUCGCAUUGCUCCUGGCCUUUGCCCUUCCUUAAGCGCUUUGACCUGGAAAAUGGGCUUUCAUGUGGGAGAAGCACCCUGGACCCUCAGGCUGGGCCUGGCCUCGGACGUGUUGCCCAAGCAUCUGGCCAGCACAGUCAGCGUCGGGAAUCCUUCCUGUACCGCUCGGACAGCGACUACGAACUCUCCCCCAAGGCGAUGUCCCGGAACUCCUCAGUGGCCAGCGAUCUACACGGAGAAGACAUGAUUGUGACACCCUUUGCCCAGGUUCUGGCCAGUCUGCGGACAGUUCGGGGCAACCUAGCAGCUCUUGCUCACCUGCCAGGCCGCUGGGUAACAAAGCAAGCAUCCGUCGGCAAUCCCCCAGCUGGCAGUCAUCCCCCUCCUACUACAGAGGACACUGGGCAGAAGCUGGCUUUGGAGACUCUAGAUGAGCUGGAUUGGUGUCUGGAUCAGCUGGAGACCCUGCAGACCCGGCGCUCGGUGGGGGAGAUGGCUUCUACCAAGUUCAAACGGAUGCUGAACCGGGAACUGACUCACCUGUCUGAAACCAGUCGCUCUGGGAACCAGGUUUCUGAGUAUAUAUCCCGAACCUUCCUGGACCAGCAGACCGAGGUGGAGCUGUCCAGGGUGACCCCCAUGGCGCCCCCAAGGCCCAUGUCCCAGAUCAGUGGCCUGCAUGGGCUCCCUCACAGCACCAGCCUCUCUGAAGCCCCUGUCCCACGCUUUGGGGUCCAGACCAACCAAGAGGGGCAACUGGCCAAGGAACUGGAAGACACAAAUAAGUGGGGGCUUGACGUGUUCAAGGUGGCAGAGCUAAGUGGAAACCGGCCUCUCACAGCCAUCAUCUUCAGCAUCUUUCAGGAACGGGACCUGCUCAAGACCUUUCAGAUCCCAGCGGACACACUUGUCACCUACCUGCUGACGCUGGAGAGUCACUACCAUGCUGACGUGGCAUACCACAACAGCAUACACGCGGCUGAUGUGGCCCAGUCAGCACAUGUGCUCCUGGCCACACCUGCUCUGGAGGCGGUCUUCACAGACCUCGAAGUCCUGGCCACCAUCUUUGCAAGUGCUAUCCAUGAUGUGGAUCAUCCUGGCGUCUCCAACCAAUUUCUCAUUAACACCAACUCAGAGCUUGCACUCAUGUACAAUGAUGCCUCUGUGCUGGAGAACCACCACCUGGCUGUGGGCUUCAAGCUGCUGCAGGCAGAGAACUGUGAUAUCUUCCAAAACCUCAGUGCCAAGCAGCGGCUGAGUCUGCGGAGGAUGGUCAUCGACAUGGUGCUAGCCACCGACAUGUCCAAGCACAUGAACCUGCUGGCUGACCUCAAGACCAUGGUGGAGACCAAGAAGGUGACAAGCCUAGGAGUCCUGAUGUUGGACAACUACUCUGACCGCAUUCAAGUCCUGCAGAACUUGGUUCACUGUGCCGACCUGAGCAACCCCACAAAACCGCUGCCCCUGUACCGCCAGUGGACAGACCGCAUCAUGGCCGAGUUCUUCCAGCAGGGUGACCGCGAGCGUGAGUCAGGCCUGGACAUCAGCCCCAUGUGUGACAAGCACACAGCUUCAGUGGAGAAGUCCCAGGUGGGUUUCAUUGAUUACAUUGCCCACCCUCUGUGGGAGACAUGGGCUGAUCUGGUCCACCCAGACGCACAGGACCUGCUGGACACGCUGGAAGACAACCGAGAGUGGUACCAGAGCAAGAUCCCCCGCAGCCCUGUUGACCCCACCGGCCCUGAGCGGAGUGGCCCUGACAGGUUCCAAUUUGAGCUGACUCUGGAGGAGGCUGAAGAAGAGGAGGAGGAAGAGGAGGGAACACUGGACUGUGGGGUCUCAGAGUCACCUGACACUGAGCUCCUGUCCCCUGAGGUCAGACUAGACCCUGGGACUCCACAGCCGGACAGUCAGAGGACUGUGGGUCAGGCCUGCGUGGACCACAGGGAAAUGUGAUAGCUGAAUCCUUUGGCACCUAAUGGCCCCUGGUGGGUGGGUGGACCUUCCAGGAAGAGGUCCACCUCUUCCCAGGUAAUCCCUGCUUUGUCUUUCCCAUCUGUCCAGGGAGAUAACCAAGCUUUUAGUUAGGCAGGUAUCAGGGUUAAAUAGGGGCCACUGAGCUGGGGUCCACGCUGACCCCAAGCUGACUCAGAACUUGCAAGUUUCUUUAAGGACCCUUGGAUCGCCCUUUCCGGACUUGUACACCAGGUCUGGAAACGGUGUUUUCCAGGCCCCUUGUCACUCUCUCCAGUGGUUACUCUCGAACCACGUCCAGCACUUACUCUUCACUCUUAUCAGAGGCUGUAUUCCAGGCCUGUGCCUGCUCUGUGUCCUAGGGUAGCCCUGUGCAAGGGUUAGGGAACUGACGCUGAGAGAUCCCCUCUGCAGGUGCCUCCCCUUCAUCUGCCAGGUAGAUACAAGAGAGGAGGACCCGUGAACAGAGGAAUUCUCACCACUAAAACAUUCAGAUCAGCUAUGCUGGGGGCAGAUGUGGAUAUCUGUGUCUGGGUCAUUUCUGAAGACUGAUUCAGCCUGCUACCGCUAUGAACAGGGUGCUGCUUCAAAGUGCUAUGGCCUCUGCCUUUAGCAUCUCUGGGUGAAUUGCUGGGUCCCCCCAGUCACUUUCUUCUUUAUGUAGAAACACAGCAAUCACAGCAUUGCCCCUCCAAGAUGUGGUAUGACUCUGAGGACGCCUAUUAAGGAGGACUCUUGCCUGUCACAGCCUUUUCUGGGCCUCAUUUUCCCUCUGUGGCCUGACCCUGGUCUUUGGUUGGGAGGUGGUGGUAUCUGACCUCCCUGAAAUAACUUAGACAUUGGGGACAUUAGCUGUUUCUCUGAGGUUAAAUAAACCCUAUUAUCCUAAAGUAGUACCAUGCCCAUUUCAUGGAUGGGAAAACUAAAGCACAGGAAGGUUGUUUCAUGCUCCACGCCACUUCUUGCCGGACAUUAGCACUGGGGCUCCGUGGCAGAGGGGGGUAUGGUGGGGAGGUGGUGAAUUCAGGGUUCCUCCAUGUCAUCUGGGAGGGGAGGGGCUCACCUCACAUGUGGCAGUACAUGUGGCUCCUCACUCACGUUUCAGCCCCAUUCCCACCCUGGACACCUCGGUAUGUCCCCCUCCUCCCUCCUGUGUGCCCGAAAGUGUGUACGUGACAGGCCAUACAGCAUCCUUGCUUCCAGAGAGCAGCUGGUUUCAUUCAUUAACAACUAUGUUCUGUGGUUAAUUCAUCAUCACAACACAAAUUCCACAAAAAGAAAAUUAAAAGUCAUCAGGGUCAUGAACUUGGUGCUUUUACAGCCAGACUUUUAAAGGGCAAGAUUUGGGUUGUUUGUUUGUUUGUUUUUCUCAUUUAUAACCUCCCUUCCUUUACA